AUGAAGAAGCUCUUGAGGAGGAUAAAGGUGGCCGAUUCGUCUGAAUACCGCCUGAUCCGGUCGGAUUCGGCUGCGGCGGAUCGGCCGAGGAGGUCCGGCGGCGUCCCGGGCGGCCACCUGCCGGUCUGCGUCGGGGAGGAGAUGGAGCGGUUCGUGGUGAGCGCCGAGCUGCUGAACCACCCGGUCUUCGUGAAGCUGCUGAACCGGUCGGCCCAGGAGUACGGGUACGGGCAGAGGGGCGUGCUCCGGAUCUCCUGUCACGUGCUUCUCUUCGAGCGCGUGUUGGAGACUCUCCGGAUUGGCGGGGAGGCGCGUGAGCUGCAGGAGCUCCUCAGCGCGCUGCCCGACGAGCUUUGA